AACAAGGGGCCCCCAAUGGAUUCGGGAACAAACAAGUCCCAAAACUCAAGCCCGUACCUAAACUUGGAAAUCAGCCAGUGCGACGCUGUGCGACGAUACCGUGAUUUUCCGUGACAGUGUGUGUGACUGCACUGAAUAGUAGUCAAGCUUUUUGUCAUGUCAAGGCACUGCACCCCAGACUAUUGGUUAUUCCCCACAGCAAGUAUAUGGCAACAAAGAGCACCUUCCACGCUCACGGUGCAAAUACCAGUGCUAUUCCACUUUCCUGUGUCAGAUAUAUCUUCUGCCAUAUAAUAAACUCGAGUUCAAACUACGCGAUCAUCAAUACCAAUGACUCCCUACCAAGUCACAGAAGAUCUUCUCGUUCAAGAUCAGGGGUUUCGAACCAACACAGAUGUCGACUCGGAUGAUCCCGAUCUCUCGUCAGAGGAAGAGCGUAGUCCAGAGCCAGAGGAAUCAAUCCAGGGUCCUUCAACUGGUUUUUCUGGCCGUGGACCGCAGAACACCGAUCUGGCUACAUUGGCUAGCGCAUCAAAGAAAGAUCAGAACAAUAUUUCUCUUCCACAGAUUUCCGAGCCUCGUCAGACCAACAUACCACCUCCGGAAAAAAAGCCCAACCCAGCCAAUUACUCUGGCACUGACAAUACUACUAGUUAUAUACCAUUUCCAAUAUUCCAACUUGUUGCAAUUUUGGUCAAUUCUUAUACAAUACUUGGAAAAAUUUGCCCUAAUGUCGCCACAAUGGCAACAGAACUUGUACUCACGAAUUCAACUGACAAGCCGAAAUAUUCGACGAUCUCCAGCCAGGUUAAGGUCCCCAAAGGAGGCUGGAAUGACAUGAUCUUUGCUCCUGUAAUCAAACAAAUCCUCUCGGAAUACAUCAAUGAGCCAGACCCUGACACCACCGAGGACAUUUUGCAACAUCCCAAUUCCAAAGAUUACGCGUUUUCCUGCAAGGGGAAGUUUUAUGUUUGCAAUUGCAUUAGCGAUGCAUUAUUUUUGGUGCUUGAGCGAUCGAACCGAAGAAAAGGCGGCACUUUGGAAACAGAUAGACGAAGAUAUGUUGAAGGUAAGGGGGAUAACAUACACACAUCGCAAUCUCUUCAGCUAUUGCAAGAACGUGAAGAGACUGCCAACAAUAGCGUAGCAUGA